AUUACAUACAACUCAUCACGGUAUACAGAGUCGCGGACUACGGAGCCAAUCAACAAAUAUCUCUUCACCCUUCUCAGCUCUCUCUCUUCGUGUUUCAGUUUGGCCAGUUUCUUGGGUUGCCACACUUGCUGUGCCUCACAUGCCAAUCCUUAAUCUCUUCGAAUCUCAAAGUUUCUUGAUCUGGGUUUCCAAUAUUUCUCUUUCAGAUCAUAGUUUUUGCGAUUAAAAUCUUCAUUUUUUGAACGGCUUGUACUUCAAAUCCACUGACUGAGGAAAACCCAUAUCGUUAUUGGUCUUUUCUGAGUCUCAUAUGAGUACUUGAAUAGAUUGCAAGUGAUGGUUUUUUGUUGAAGAUGCACCUAACAGUUUUCUCACACCAGAAAACUUUUAUUGCAUGAACUUUUCUUCUGUGGAGUUUUGAGAUUAUGGGUAGAGGUAGAGGAAAGGGAAAGAGGUUGACUGUCACCAAUCAUGAUGAUCCUGGAAGUGGCGAGGAAGAAAAAAUACCUGCACAAAAGAGAAGGGGAAGGCCUCAAAAACCCUUAAAAGAUGAGAUUGAUGAAGAAGAAACUGAGAAAAUAGAGGCAGAUGACAGUGAGAAUGGAAAGGCUGGUAUUGCAAGCAAGGAGAUCAAAAGCCCCUCUGUGGCAGAGAAUGGUAAGAAGAGGAAGCGGUACUCACAGGUGAAGGAGAAGUCAGAUUCGGUUAAGGAGGAAAAUGGUAUUGGGACACGAUCAAGCACCGAUGACUCAACUAAGUCUAAUGGAUUUCGGCAUAAUGGGAGCAGGCGGAAAAACAAGCCUCGUCGAGCUGCUGAAGCCGGUGUUGAAUGCAAGUGAGAGUAUGGUAACCUGUUGCACUGGUUUCUUCCUUUCCACAACGCCAGAAACAUCUCGGGACAGGAAGUGAGACCUAGUAAAUCUCUAGUUUUUUCAUGAUUUUCUGGUUAAUUGUUCUUUCUUCGGUAAUUUCGUAUCAUAAUUCCUUUUUUGAUUUGAAUUGUGAAAUUUGGAAUGCAUUCUGAUGGAUGUAGUUUUCCAUGGUGCUAUGAUAUUUUAAAUUUUGACUAUUUAUUUCUUUGCACUGUAUAAUUUGCAGAACGUAUUUAAGGCUUUAACCAGUUGCUAUCUUCACAGUAUUAUCUGUAUUUUUUUGCAAUUAAU